UUUAGACAAGGCUCCCCUCAAAGAUGGCGGGCGCCUCCGACCCUCUGGAAGAUAUGCUGUUCUCUGAGGUGGACGAGAAGGCUGUGAGCGACCUGGUGGGCUCGCUGGAGUCGCAGCUCGUCGGCAGGAGCGGAAACAAGGCUUGUGGCGCAAAGCAGCACAUAGGAAAAGCGUUAUGUUCCCGGGUUACUACUACAUCCGAGCAGCAGCAGCAGCAACAACAACAACAUAAAGCCGGGACGGAGCGAGGCUCACAUCCUGCUGAGAUCACCCCAGCGGGCACAGCAGCUUCUCCGGAGAGCUGCGUGAAGGCGAGUACGAGCGGUUCGCGUUCACACUCCUCCUCCUCCUCCUCCUCCUCCUCCUCCUCACCAUCAUCUUCGGUAAAGAUUAGUGGCGUGUGCGCGCAGGAUGGAGCCGCUUCUCUCGCGGCUAGCAUUAGCGACACCGGCCGCAGAGCAGCAUCAGAUCCGGGGUCCAUGGAGACGCCGCGGCAUUACGGUACGCGGAAGAAGCGCGGUGGCGCGCGGAGUGUGAACGGCGCUGCGACCUCCUCCGUGAGCAGCAACUCGCCGUCCAGCGCCGGGGCCGCGGUUUCCAUGGCGAUGGCGCGCGCCAACUCCACUACGUACACCGUGUCCAGCACGAACAAGCAAGUCGCUCUGGAUAAAGGGACACCCACCAUCGCGCUACACCGACUACCGAGUCACAUCGUGGCCAGCAUUGCUCAGGGCAGGAACGGCACGAGUGUGUCGGCGCUCAUCCAGCAAGGGCGCCUGAACCACGGCAAGAACUUAGAGCGCGCAGAUGACAAGAGCAAAGCAGGUUUGCAGCAGGUUCAGCCAGAGAGUGUGAACUCGGUCCCGAGUGCUAUGUGCAAUGCGGUGACUCAGUCCCAACCUCAAUCCCAACCUCAAUCUCAACCCCAACCUCAAUCCCAACCUCAGUCCAAACCUCAAUCCCAACCUCAGUCCAAACCUCAAUCCCAACCUCAGUCCAAACCUCAAUCCCAAUCUCAGUCAAAAUCUCAAUCCCAACCUCAAUCCCAAUCUCAAUCCCAACCUCAAUCCCAACCUCAGUCCAAACCUCAAUCUCAACCCCAAUCCCAAUCUCAGUCCAAACCUCAAUCCCAGACUCAAUUCCAACCCCAAUCCACACCUCAAUCCAAACCUCAAUCCAAAGCUCAAUCCCAGUCCCAAGUAGUAUCUCAAACUCAGUCCCAACCUCAAACUCAGCUUCCACUUCCCUCUAAACUGCAGCCUCAAACACAACCACAGCUGCAGCAUCAAUCCACAGUUCAACCUCAAACAAAAUCUCAACCUCAAACCCAGUCCCAAACCCAAGCUCAGCUUCAACUCCAACCUCAGCCUCGACCUGCAGCACCACCACAGAGGAUAACGACUCCUCAGCUGAUCGUCAGGCCGCCACAACAGCAGGCGACGAUCCAGCUUCCGCCAGGAUUUACCAUCCCGUCAGGCAUGGUGUUGGUGCGGACGGAGCUGGGUCAGUUAAUGAUGGUUCCACAGCAAGCACUGGCUCAAGCACAGGCCCAGAGUGCACUCUCGGCCCGACCUGCUGCCCCCACAACCACAGCCACUUUCAGAGUCACUACCCCACAGUCUCCCAUCUCGGUCCAGGCGUCUCGGGUUGUUCCUGCUGUCACAAACAAAGUGGUUCAGUCCCAAACCCUGAGUCCUGCUCCUCAGACCUGCACGUCCACUUCUUCGUCUUCUACCACUACUACUACAACCACCACUGCUUCUGCUACUGCUACUACUACUACUACUACUACUCCUGCCCUUACUAGGCCGCCUUUGGCAGUGGCAGCGCCCCAGCAGCACCCUGCAGCUCUGGCCCCCCAGGGGCCCACUCUGGCUCCACCCACCGCAGCUGGCCCUGCCCCUGGAGCAACUGUUAUCUCCCAGGAAAUGCAAGAGAAUGUGAAAAAGUGUAAGAACUUCCUGGCUACAUUGAUCAAACUCGCAUCCCAUAAUUCCCCUUCACCAGAGACGUCACGGAACGUGAAAUCACUGGUGCAGGACCUUCUGGAUGCCAAAAUCGAACCAGAGGAAUUCACCAGCCGGCUGCAGACGGAGCUGAAGUCAUCGCCACAGCCUUAUCUGGUGCCUUUUCUCAAGAAAAGCUUGCCAGCAUUACGUUUGUCCCUGCUGAACAGUCAGCAGUCACUCAUUCAGCCCCUGCAGCCUAAAACCACCGCGUCUCCAACGGGAGCCAUCGCCGGGGCUGUUACCACAGGCUGCUCCCCCCGGCAACCUAACAGCACAGUUACACCACCACAGAAUAUCAAGAGGACAGGGGCAAUAGGAGGGCAGGUUCGGAUGCCCGUGGUCAUCACACAGACUGUGCGGACAGCAGGUGGUGUAGGGAAGAGUCCGGUGGUGCAGGCGGGAAAAAGCCCCGUAGCAGCAAGCGUACAGCUCUCAGGGGCUCAGAAGAACAAAGUGAACGACCCUGGGGGAGGCUCCUUCAGGGACGACGAUGACAUCAACGAUGUUGCGUCUAUGGCCGGGGUAAACUUGAGUGAGGAGAGCGCUCGUAUCUUAGCAACCAACUCCGAGCUAGUGGGCACACAGAUCCGCUCGUGUAAAGACGAGGCCUUCCUGCCCACGGGUUUACUGCAUCGACGCAUACUGGAGACGGCUAAGAAAUUCGGCGUGACGGAGGUUUCUCUGGAGUCGGUGAACUUCAUCGCUCACGCCACACAGACACGGCUGAGGACGGUGCUGGAGAAAGUGUCCUUCAUCGCCCAGCAUCGGAUGGACUCCUGCAAGGAUGAGGAGUGGCACGAGCAGUCAUCAGACGUCCGAACCCAGCUCAAAUUCUUCGAGCAUUUGGAGCGGCUGGAGAAACAAAGGAAAGACGAGCAGGAGAGAGAAAUUCUCCUCAAAGCAGCCAAAAGUCGCUCGAGGCAGGAGGACCCAGAGCAGGCUCGUUUGAAGCAGAAGGCAAAAGAGAUGCAGCAGCAGGAACUGGCCCAGAUGAGGCAGAGGGAUGCGAACCUCACAGCUCUCGCCGCCAUCGGACCUCGGAAAAAACGCAAAGUGGACUCACCUGGAGCGACUUCAGGCACCGAGGUGUCAGGGAGCUCCGCGGGUUCUCCAGCUUCUUCGUUGUCGUCCUCACGCCAGUUCCACCGGCAGCGAAUUACACGUGUGAACCUCAGGGACUUCAUAUUCUAUCUGGAGCAGGAGCGAGAGACGAGUCGAUCUCUCCUGCUCUACCGCGCUCUGCUGAAGUAGCUAACGUCCACUGAACACUAACUAAAACUCAAGCAACAUGGAAUCGGUAGCCAGCCCGCAGCGACCUCCAGCUUCCUCCUGCAACGUGCCUUCAGCCAGGUUUCAGUUCUCCUGCUCUCUGUGUCUGUCACCAUGUCACCAUUGGUUUAUUUAUUUAUUUAUUUAAAAUAUCAAACGAUAAAGAUUUUUUCUUUUCACCUUUUUCAUGUGGUUAUAGGAAACAACCAGUUUUUGUUUUUUUUGUGUGUGUGUGUGUGUGUGUGUGUGUGUGUGUGUGUGUGUGUGUGUGUGUGUGUGUGGUGGUCGGUGUGUUUGAGAACAGCAGCAGUGUUUGAGGUGUCGCCUUGAAGUGCGAUUUUAUUUGUGCAAACCUUAUGCAGCAUUAUUUACCCACACUAAAUCGUAUUACAUUUUUAUUACAAGAAGCCCAACACAGCACUUAUUUAUUAACCCCUUCAGACCCAAAAUGCACAAUAUUUCGAAAAUAUUUGCUGUUAACCAUAAAUAUGAUCGAAAACCAUCCCGGAAACAAGCCAGAUAUUUCAAAAAUAUUGUGUAAUAUUUCCACAAUGCUAAAUUGUACAGAAUUACCUGUAAUAAACUGUGACAUUGUGCAGCAGUUGGUAGCAUGUUGCCAUAGCGAUGGUGUUACGUUGCAUAGCGCUUAGCUAGCAUGUUGAUGACCGAGCUACAGCUCAGCACCUAUCUAUCGAGCUAAAAUGUUUCCUGAGUCAUUUGAUGACUUUCACAUUGCACAGAGGGUCUGAAGGGGUUAAAAAAAAACUCUUAACGACAGGCAGCAACACUUUGGUGUAAAUAUUUUCGUUCCUAACACUUUUAAUCAGCAUGUGUAAAGUUUUCCAUUUCCAUUUUUUAACCAACCGAAUAUUGAGUGUCCCUUAGAGAUGACUCAACAAAGUGCUACAGUUUUUGACGUACGCACUUUGUGUGUGUGUGUGUGUGUGUGUGUGUGUGUGUGUGUGUGUGUGUGUGUGUGUGUGUGUACUGCACACUCGUCAAAAGCCAGCAACGUCCAGAAUAUAGCAAUACGCCUCCAGUGAAGCGUGUCGGCUGAUUGAUAUGUCUUUCUGUCUGCCGUCAUGUUGACGGUCAUGUUUCUUAAGUCUGGAACUUCCACAGAGUCCGAAUAUGACUUCUUUAUCUCUCGAAGUUUUAAGGCUGAAUUAUUUAAUAGUAAUUAAUGAUUUGACGGUGACCGACGAUCAAGGCAGCUUCACAAAAAGCCUCACGUAGAGAGAAAAGACCUGAGAUCAGGACCACAAGACUGUUAGAAGUCUGUCUGGAAUUACAGAGGUCCAAAUAAAUGUUUCGUAAAUGUGUUCGAUGUGAGCAAAAUGUCAACUACGGAAUGUACAAAACACGACAGUUAUAGACUGGUGUGUGUGUGUGUGUGUGUGUGUGUGUGUGUGUGUGUGUGUGUGUGUGUGUGUGUGUGUGUGUGUGUGUGUGUGUGUGUGUGUGUGUGUGUGUGUGUGUGUGUGUUGAAAGAGACGCAGUAUUAUAAUGAGUGACACAAAAAUAGAUGAUUUUUGCCCAUGAAGUGUUAUUAUUCCUCUUAUUUCCCCAUGGCAAUUAAUUGUGCCAACUGUAACGAUGUCUCACUCACGUCGCAUACAAGAGAACAAAACACGUCGUUACUUUCUCUUCCCUGUUAAUCACAGCGACACGAACCAGCCAUGAACCGGUCUAAGCUCACGUAUGUGGAAGAGGGCAGAUAACACCGUGAGUCUGUGAUCGCACAGACAUGAUCGGUUCACUUCACGUGUCUCAGAGGAAGCACGUGGGAGCCUUCACCCUUUCCGCUGAGGAUCUGGUGUAGGACAGAAGGAUUAAAUUAGAGAAAGGAAGGAAAAAUCAAUUCCUCUAAUCAUCAAUUCUCUGAAAUAAGGCUUUAUUCGGCUUUAUCGUGUCACAGAGUCGGCGUGCUGAUUGAUAUACUGUGUUGUUUUUGUGCAUUCUGAUGUAAUUGAGUCGAUCAUGGACAGUGUUAAUAAUCUUAAAAACGAUUAUCUCCACCUCGUUCAGAAGGCAGCAUAAAGACUAGAGUUAUUAUUCCGAGAAGAC